AUGACAACCCCUCGUCGAAAUGGACAGCUGUCAUCGUGCGAGCCUUGCCGGAAGUCCAAACUACGAUGUGACCACCAAAGUCCCAUCUGCGGUCGAUGUCUCAGUAGCGGGCAGACUGAACGCUGUUUCUACCAUCCUGCUCCACUAACCCAGCCGCGCGCACGCGCCUCCAGGGUGAUAUCGCGGAGACCCAGGAGGCAGCAACGCCCGGACAAUCAGUUAGUUUUUCGUUUGGAUCACGGAAUCUCCAGCACAGUCACGCCCAGUCCUUCGUCAGGUUUACCACUGGUUACAGAUGAGGGAAAUACAUUAUGCGACCAGCAUAUCGCGCGAUGGACUGCGAAGGAGAAACGGACUCUGGCACCAGGACUUCUAGGACUGGUCUACCCCAAAGAUAUUUUCAGUGAGUAUGAAGAUACCCUGCGGGUCGAAGAACCAGGUAGCCUACCAACAGGGACAGUACCUACAACAACUUAUUUACCGAGCGACUCCAACCAGGUGUUGCUAGGGGCCCAGAUCCUAUCACAUCUGCAGAAGAUCCGCUGGUUCCAUGAGAUCAUUGAAUUGAAGAACAAGAUAUUCCCAGGAUGGUUUUUGGGUCCUCCCGUGACUCGCGCCUUGUGCAAUUCUAUGGAGCAAAUGUAUGAUUGUGCAGUCCGCAACUCUCAGGAUACCCAUGCAACACUAGCCAGCUUGUCCCGUCAAAUAUUUGUCAACACAUCCAAAGAUAUCCGGACGCAUCCAACAAUGAGUUUAUCUGAGUAUUUUGAUUCAAUAACGGCAAGAUGGGAGACAAUUGGACUUUUCUUCGCGCUGUUGGGGACAGCAUUAUUCCAUACACCCGACGAUGACCCGAUAUUCACACACCGCAACCCAUGGAAACUUGAAAAGAGCCAGCUCAGAAAUAUCGCCAUCACUAUUGGGGAUAUUUGCUGCCAAUUUUGUAAUGGCGCUGGAACGACUAGUGAUCCUUUUUGCUGGCUCACAACCCAGCAGUUGGUUGUAUUGACUUCCACGUUUGGCAAUAGCGACUAUAGGGUCUGGCAAAAGCUCGGAGAUCUAUCUACUAUUGUUUACGCAUUUGGCUUGCAUCAAUCCGGCGAAGACAUCGAAGAAAACCUUCCGUUCUUCUUGGUGGAGGUACGAAAGCGAGCCAUGGUGUGUGCAUACGCAAUAGAUAAGCAGAUAGCGACCUCUCUGGGGCGUCCGCCACGGAUCUGCUCCCGAUACUGUACUAUUCCGCUUCCCUUGGAUAUAAGUUGUGAGAAGAUGGUUCUCUCACGAAGCGAAGGAGAGAAGGCACUGCAGAAUCUCGACGCAAAUGGUUGGAACACCGAAGGAAAUCUGACCGUUGGAGUCAGGCUUCGCGUCGUGCUACUGACGAGCUUGUUGCGAGAAAGUAUCCUAGAAUUGUCUUUGAGCCCUACAACUGAGAAUAUUCCAGCCAGAGUUGAAAUGUUGAUCCAGGAAUCUCGCCGGACGCAACAAGACCUUCCGUCGUUCUUACACUGGUCUCUCGAGCAAGCUGCAGCGGGUACUUACAGAUCUGCACGAGACGAGGGCCGCGCCUUCACUCACAUGGAAUUUACGUACCAAGAGUUUCUGCUACAUCGGAUCUUGCUGAAGCGCCUUGGGAUAAACUCACAAGGUCUCAUUGAAAGCUCCUUGGAAAUAGUUACCACGCUAUUAGACAUUAUUGUCAUGCUGACCCAGUCUGCUCACUCAGUGGCGAAUAUGUCAUGGGAUUUAUGCCAUAUUGGUCUUCCUGCUGCAGGCAUCCUGACAUCGAAACUGCUAUCGGAGCAUAACUCUCAGAUAUCGAACCCGUCACCAGCGCCACUACCUGCCAACUUUCGUUCACUUACUAUCCAAAAGCUCAAUACUUUUGUCUUUCAUCUGAUAUACCUGGUACGGCCGCACGAAGGGAGUUAUGAGAUUGCUCAACAAGGGGCGAGAUUUAUUCGUCGGGUGCUCGAUCGAAUUCUCUCACCUGAAUCUCCCCAACUGGCUCCGUUGACUCCAGAUCUUGAUAUGUCUGAAAAUUGGCUCGACAGUUGUGAUUUGAACGGUAAUCUUGAUCUUAUGGCGUGGUUUGACAACAUCCACUGGACGCAGGACCCUUUGUUAAACUUCACCUGA